GAGGUGGCGCUGAUGCUCUCCCGCUGAAGGCGGCUCCGUUCCGGCCGCUGCCCCGCGCUCUCUGCUCAGUGAUGCGCCGCCAUCAGCUCAGAGCCACUGAGGGGUGUGGAGUGCGCGGGAUAUGGGGAUCCUGAGCCUCGGGGACCAGACGCCGCUGGUCCAGGCUAUUUUCAACCGGGAUCGGGACGAGGUUCGGUCGUUAAUAAACCAGAAUGAAGAUGUCAAUGGGCUGGACCAACAGAAACGCACACCUCUUCACGCUGCUGCUUACCUGGGCGAUGUUCAAAUUCUAGAGCUCCUCAUUCAGUCAGGUGCCAUUGUCAACACUAAGGACAGUGCCUGGCUGACCCCCCUGCACCGCGCUGCAGCAUCCCGCAAUGAGCGAGCGGUGAGUGUGCUGCUGAAACACUCUGCGGAGCCCGAUGCUCGCGACAAGUCAUGGCAGACACCGCUCCAUGUGGCCGCGGCCAACAAGGCCACAAAGUGCAGUGAGCGGCUGAUCCCACUGCUGAGCAACGUCAACACGGCCGACAGGACAGGCCGCACAGCACUGCACCACGCUGCCUACAGCAGCCACCUGGAGAUGGUGCAUUUGUUGCUGAACAAAGGGGCCAACGUCAAGGCCUGUGAUAAGAAGGAAAGGCAACCGAUACACUGGGCAGCUUUCAUAGGACAUCUGGAUGUUGUUAAGCUGUUGUCCUCUCGCGGGGCGGACGUCACGAGCAAGGACAGGAGAGGAUACACACCACUGCAUGCUGCCGCCUCCAACGGACAGAUAGACGUUGUCAGAUACCUCCUGCGGCUCGGGCUGGAGAUCGAUGAACCCAAUCUAUAUGGAAACACUGCUCUGCACAUCGCCUGUUACACUGGACAAGAUGCCGUGGCCAACCAGCUGGUUAACUGUGGUGCCAACGUCAACCAGCCCAAUGAGCAGGGCUUCACCCCACUGCACUUUGCUGCUGUGUCGACAAACGGGGCUUUAUGCCUGGAGCUCCUGGUCAACAAUGGGGCAGACGUGAAUGUUCAGAGUAAAGAUGGGAAAAGUCCGUUGCACAUGGCUGCAAUUCACGGCAGGUUUACACGAUCUCAGAUUCUCAUCCAGAAUG